AUGCGAAGAUUCUUAGCUACUAAAGAGCUUGAUGCCACCAUUACUCAGGGAAAUGAAGCAAUAAGCAAAGCUAAGGCGAAGGCUAUAAUUUUCCUUCGUCAUCAUCUUGAUGGGAGCAUGAAGAUUGAAUAUCUGACAGUAAAAGACUCACUUGAAUUGUGGACUGAUUUAAAUGGGAGCUAUGACCAUCCAAAGGCCACAGUAUUGCCAAGAGCUCGUUAUGAGUGGAUUCACUUACGGUUUCAAGAUUUUAAGACUGUAAUUGAAUUUAACUAUGUCAUAUUCAGAAUAACCUCCCAAAUGAAAUUAUGUGGGGAGACUAUAAAAGAUGAGGACAUGUUGAAAAAUACACUUACUACUUUCCAUGCCUCAAAUGUGAUAUUGCAGCAACAAUAUCGUGAAAAGGGUUUUCAGAAAUACUUUGAACUGAUCGCAUGCCUUCUGGCGCCUAAGCAACAUAAUGCCCUUUUAAUGAAAAAUCAUGAAGCUCAUCCCACUUGA